AUGCGCUUUCUCUCAGCUGUCAGCUCGGUGGCGUUGAUGGCCUCCUGGGCCUCAAUUGCUCAGGCAAUCCGUCCUCCCAUCCCGGUCCCUGAGCCCGUCUCUCGGCCGGUCUCGAUUCAAUCGACCUUUUCUCAAGGAGAAGCGACCUUUCAGCAACUAUUGGAUCAUCAUGAUCCGUCAAAGGGCACUUUCUCUCAGAGGUACUGGUGGAGUACGGAGUUUUGGGGUGGUCCUGGGUCGCCGGUGAUUCUCUUCACUCCUGGUGAAGUCGCAGCAGAUGGAUACCAGGGCUAUCUCACCAAUAAGACUUUGACUGGACACUACGCGCAGGAAGUCCAGGCUGCAGUGGUUUUGGUCGAGCAUCGCUACUGGGGUGGCUCCUCUCCGUACAAGAACCUCACCGCGGAAACUCUGCAGUACUUGACGCUGGAGCAAUCUAUUCUUGACUUUACGCACUUUGCUAGGACCGCGAGGUUGCAGUUUGACAAUUCAACCCGCAGCAAUGCGCAGAAAGCUCCUUGGGUCUUUGUCGGAGGAUCGUACAGUGGUGCCCUGGCAGCUUGGACUGAGGCAACCGCUCCCGGCACCUUCUGGGCAUACCAUGCGACCAGCGCUCCUGUGGAAGCCAUCUACGACUUCUGGCAAUAUUUCGAGCCUGUCCGAGAAGGCAUGCCUCAGAACUGCAGCAAAGACGUCUCGUUGGUGGCCAACUAUAUCGAUGGCCUCGGAAAGAACGGCACUACUCGCGAGAAGCAAGCCGUGAAGGAAUUGUUUGGUCUAGGUGAUCUGCAGCAUUAUGAUGAUUUUGCCGCGAUAUUCCCCAUCGGUCCAUGGUCAUGGCAAAGCAACAGCUUCAUCACCGGCUACUCUAGCUUCUAUCAAUUUUGUGAUUCUGUUGAGAACGUCAAAGCCGGUGCAUCAGUCGUCCCUGGACCAGAGGGCGUCGGGCUGCAAAAAGCCCUCGCAGGCUACGCCAAAUGGUUCAACUCAACCGUUCUUCCUGGCUACUGCGCCAGCUACGGCUACUGGACCGACGAACGAAGCAUCGCCUGCUUCGACACCCACAACGCCUCCAGCCCGCUUUUCACAGACACGUCCGUCGCCAACGGCAUGGAUCGCCAAUGGCAGUGGUUUCUCUGCAACGAGCCGUUCUUCUACUGGCAGGACGGCGCACCCGAAGGCAAACCCACCAUCGUCCCUCGCACCGUAAGCGCAGAGUACUGGCAGCGACAGUGUCCGCUUUUCUUCCCCACGGUAAACGGACACACGUACGGAAGCGCAAAGGGCAAGAACGCCGGAACCGUGAAUGCCUGGACGGGAGGCUGGUCGAGGACGAAUACGUCGCGGUUGAUUUGGACGAAUGGCCAAUAUGACCCCUGGCUUGACUCGGGCGUCUCAUCGAGGUUCCGUCCCGGUGGACCGCUGGAAAGUACGGACGCUGCGCCGGUGCAGGUUAUUCCGGGUGGUUUUCACUGCUCGGACUUGUAUAUGACGAGCUACGCUGCGAACGAGGGAGUUAAGAAGGUGGUUGAUAAUGAAGUGGCGCAGAUUAAGACCUGGAUUGGGGAAUAUUAUAAGUAG